CAGAGGGGUUGAAAAGCAUUCACCUCCCACACAGUCAAAACAUCACACAAUGUCGAAGCAAAUACAGCAGGGCCCAGAAUCAAUCUAUGACUUCACCGUUAAGGAUGCUGAGGGAAAGAGUGUGAAUCUGAGCAUUUACAAGGGGAAAGUCCUACUGAUUGUCAAUGUUGCCUCCAAAUGUGGAUUAACCAACUCAAAUUACACAGAGCUGAAUCAGUUAUACGAGAAGUACAAAGAUCAAGGCUUAGAGAUAUUGGCAUUUCCAUGCAAUCAGUUUGGAGAGGAGGAACCGGGAAGUAAUGAACAGAUCUUAGAGUUUGUGUGCACUCGCUUCAAAUCAGAAUUCCCGGUCUUUGACAAGAUUGACGUAAAUGGCGACAAUGCUGCUCCCCUGUACAAGUUCUUAAAGUCAGGAAAAUGGGGAAUCUUUGGGGAUGAUAUCCAGUGGAACUUUGGCAAAUUCCUGGUUGACAAAAAUGGGAAAAUUGUUGAUCGUUAUUACCCUACAACUUCCCCUCUCACCGUUGAGAAUGAUGUAAAGAAGUUGUUGGAGGUGUCUUAAAUUCUGAGAAAUGAAGAAGAGCUUAUUAGUAUCAUAGCAGAUAUCAAGCUCCUCAUGUUUGCUUACCCUGUUUGUGUGUGCACCUGACUCUUGGACACGAAGUUGUACUUGGAUGAUAUUAUGUUUAAAGAUGACUCCCUUUGUUUCUCUGGUGUAAUCAAAUCAUCCGUUUUUUUUUUUUUUUUUCCCUUUUGGUUUUCUCAAGAAUCUGAAACCGAAUUCUGUUCAUCCUUAUGAUCCUGUUCAGUAUUUGGGUUUUCAAUGGAUUCUCCAACAACUACUCCCCUUAGCAUCGAGAAGGACAUAAAGAAACUGCUUGGAAUCUCAUAAGUGCUGCAUCAUCUCUCUUUAACAAAUAAAUAAGAACCCGAUGAGGAUGUUUCUGUAAUAAGCACCAUGAUGAGGGUGUUUUCAGGAUGUUUUAUGUUCACGUACUACAGUUGUGUUUGAUAAGAGUAGUGUUUUGGUUGAAUAAAGAUCAGAUGUUAUUAUUAACUAUCA